AUGCCGGGGGAUUUAAAACGCACUCACGAGCUCGCAUUAAAGCUACAGCGGCCGCGCAUGGGAGAUGAUGGAGCUAAAGGAGAGACGAUGUUGGAAGCGCAUGCCCAGACACGGAAUACUGUCCGUGGUGCAUCUCCUGGGGGCUUGAGCAUCGUCCUCGCGUCGCGGCUGGACUCGGGAGGUGACCAUGGCGCAGGAGGCGACCCCGGGGUUCAGAACCAGAAGACGCCCACCAUCGUCCUCCUGACUCCCGACGGCCGGUUCCACUCCCUCGGCUUCACUGCCCGCGACACGUACCACGACCUCGACCCGAAGGAGGCUAAGCGGUGGCUGUACUUCGACCGGUUUAAGAUGGCGCUGCACGCCGACCAGACACUGAGCCGCGACACGAUGCUGGAGGCGGCCAACGGCAGGAAAGUGCCCGCCCUGCAGAUCUUCAGCCACGCCCUCCGCUACUUCCGUGACCACGCCCUCCGCGAGCUGAGCGACCAGGCGGGCGUGACGGUCCUGGAGGAAGACGUGCGCUGGGUCAUCACCGUGCCCGCCAUCUGGAGCCACCCGGCGAAGCAGUUCAUGAGGACGGCGGCGUACCAGGCCGGAAUGGGCUCGGCGCGCCCGGAGCAGCUCCUGAUCGCUCUCGAACCCGAGGCGGCCGCCAUCUACGAGAGCGGGUCGCCCAUUCCGGUGCCGGCGAUGCCCGAGCUAGACAGAGACACGGUGUACGCUGUGGUCGACUGCGGCGGCGGGACAGUGGACAUCACGGUGCAUCAGAUGACGGACAGGCUCACGGGGCACCUCAAGGAACUGCACAAGGCUAGUGGCGGGCCAUACGGAUCCACAGGCGUGGACGUGGAGUUCGAGCGCCUGCUGGAGACCCUCUUCGGCAGCGACUUCCUCAGCGCCUUCCGUCGGCAGCGCCCCGCGGCCUUCGUGGACCUCAUGAUCGCCUUCGAGUCACGCAAGAGGAACGCGUCGCCCUUCAGGGAGAACCCGCUGAACAUCGCGCUGCCAUUCUCCUUCAUCGACCUCUUCAGGAAGUUCCGCGGGAAGGAUGUGGAGUGGGCCAUCAAGAAGCACCAACACCUGGGCGUAAGGUGGUCGGCGCAAGGCAUGCUGAGGGUCGAGCAGGAGACGAUGCGGCAACUGUUCCUGCCCACGCUUGCCAACAUCACGCAGGCCAUUGAGUCCGUCCUUUCGGCUCCUGAAGUGGGUCCGCUGCAGUACAUGUUCCUCGUCGGGGGAUUCGCCGAGUCGGAGCUCCUCCAGAAGCACAUUCGCGAUGUCUUCGGACACAGAGUCAACGUUAUCAUCCCGCAGGGCAUGGGGCUGGCCAUCCUGCGCGGGGCGGUGCAGUUCGGGCUGGACCCGGGUGUGGUGACUGUGCGCCGCUCGCGCCUCACGUACGGCGUGGGCGUACUGAACCGGUUCCAGCACGGCAUGCACCCGCCCGACAAGAGGGUCGUGGCGGCGGGCGCCGAAUGGUGCGCCGACGUGCUGGACCGCUUCGUGGCGGUGGACGAGAGCGUGGCGGUGGGCGACGUGGUGGUGCGCUCCUACACGCCCGCGACGCCCGCGCAGUCAACCGUCAUCCUGCAUCUGUACGCCACGGAGAGACACGACGCCAAGUUCGUGACCGAGGACGGCGUGCGUCGCGUAGGAACUCUUCACCUCGACCUCGGA